UGUCGGUUAUCCGAUUUGGCUCAAAUCCAGCUUAAUUAUACCUUAAUUAGGAUUUAUAGUUUCUAAAACAAGCAAUUUCUCUCCUAAAUUUUGUAAAUGUCCAGGCACCACUCCGGCUCUAAGAUCAACAGAUUUCUUCUUUUUCUAUAGAAUAAUACUAAGAAUUUUAUUUUCUUUCAUUGCUCAAUGCGAGCAAUCUUCGAGUGUCCUGAAUCAUAGAAUUACCUUCUUUUUUGUGAGUGACUCUGUAUAUGGCAGAUCUCGACCUUGAAGAUUGUUCUUUUACAGGGUUUUUUAAUGAUCAACUAGGGAUAUAAAGCUCGCAUUUUCCGAAAUGGGAAGGAAAUCGAAGUCCGGGGGUUGCUGUGGGUGGCUCAUUGUGGCUUUAGUAUUGUUGUUGGUUGUGAUUGCCGUGGUUUACGGUGUUAAAAAGAAAUUGGAACCCGAUGACGUUAUUGUUGUUCCAGGUCCCCCUGGCGCCGUCGAGAAGAAGUAUGCCAAUGCCCUUAAAGUAGCUGUGCAAUUCUUCGAUGUACAAAAAUCUGGUAAGUUGGAGGAUAACAAGAUAUCCUGGAGAGGGGAUUCGGCUCUUCAAGAUGGAAGCGAAGCAAAAUUGGACCUCUCAAAAGGCAUGUAUGAUGCCGGAGAUCAUAUGAAGUUUGGUUUUCCGAUGGCUUUUACUGCCACUGUAUUAUCCUGGGCCAUUCUUGAGUAUGGGGAUCAAAUGGAUGCAGUUAAUCAGUUGGAAGCCGCUCAAGAUUCGCUCCAGUGGAUUACUGACUACCUUAUCAAUGCUCAUGCUGAGGCUAAUGUGCUCUAUAUUCAGGUUGGUGAUCCUGAGACAGACCAUGGUUGUUGGGAGAGGCCUGAGGACAUGAAAGAGAAGAGGCCUCUCACUCAAGUGAACACAUCUUCUCCGGGAACAGAGGUUGCAGCUGAAACUGCAGCAGCUAUGGCUUCAGCAUCACUGGUGUUUAAGAAAAGUGACCCCAUAUAUUCAACCACGCUCCUUGAGCAUGCGGAACAAUUAUUUAGUUUUGCUGAUAAACAUAGAGCUUCCUAUAGUAAGAGCAUCCCUGAUGUCAAGCCUUAUUACAACUCAACAGGAUAUGGAGAUGAGCUCCUGUGGGCUGCUAGCUGGCUGUACCAUGCUACAGGGGACAAAUUAUAUCUUCACUAUGUGAGUGGGAAAAAUGGAAAAUACUUUGCAAACUGGGGAAGUCCAAGCUGGUUUAGCUGGGACGAUAAGCUAGCGGGAACACAGGUUUUGUUGUCCAGAUUAACCUUCUUUGGUGAAAUAGACUCCUCAAACUCAGUUCUUCAAAUGUACAGGAAAACAGCUGAAGCUGUGAUGUGCGGCCUGAUACCAGAUUCUCCGUCUGCCACAACCAGCAGAACUGAAAGUGGCCUUUUAUGGGUUAGUGAAUGGAAUGCUCUGCAACAUCCUGUUGCUUCUGCAUUUUUAGCUGUGCUUUUCAGUGACUACAUGCUUACAUCAAGGACUACAGAGCUAUUAUGCGAUGGAGAAUCAUACAAACCAGCAGAUCUUCGGAAAUUUGCCAAGUCCCAGGCUGAUUAUGUCUUGGGCAAGAAUCCUCUGAAAAUGAGCUUUCUAGUUGGAUAUGGUGACAAAUACCCAGAAUACGUGCACCAUAGGGGAGCUUCAAUCCCAGAUGACGCAACAACUGGCUGCAAAGAUGGCUGGAAAUGGCUUGAUUCAGAGGAUCCCAAUCCCAACAUAGCUGUUGGAGCACUUGUGGGAGGGCCAUUCCUAAAUGAAACAUAUAUUGAUUCUCGGAACAACUCAAUGCAAGGGGAACCAAGCACCUAUAACAGUGCAUUACUUGUUGGAUUGCUCUCGAGUCUGGUCACCACCUCUUCAGCAGUUCAAUCCUUCACCUAAAUCAAUCAGGAUAUUUCUAGUGAUAGGUUGUUUGUAUUACAUGUAGUUGUUACUAUCAAGUUUGUUCUUCACUGCCAAACCUGAGUUGGGGUUCUUGUGCAAGGAGCAUUCUUUUGCUGUAUUUGGAGGAAUAAUCCUAAAUAUGAAAAUUCUUUCUUUAAAGCUUC